AUGGGUGUAUUAUGUAUGGGCAACGAGUGUGACUGCUACAAAGCAAAAAUAUUAGACGAGUUGUAUCAUGGGCAUCUUGGUGUAGUAAAAAUGAAAGCAAUUGCCAGAUCUUACGUGUAUUGGCAAGACAUUGACCAAGACAUAGAAAAUUCUGCGAAAAACUGUUUGGACUGUGCUAGGUUCAAAACGGAGCCAGCAAAAGCAAAAGUUCAUCAUUGGGAAUAUCCCAGUGCACCAUGGGAAAGAGUGCACAUUGAUUUCGCAGGACCUAUAUUUGAACGGAUGUUUCUACUUAUUGUUGACGCACAUUCAAAAUGGCUUGAAGUUUACCCCAUGAAGACAGCCAACUCAUUCAAGACAAUUGAAUGCCUCCGAGAUUGCUUUUCACGUUUUGGACUACCUGUAGUGUUAGUUUCCGACAACGGCACACAGUUUACUUCACAAGAGUUCCAAACAUUUAUACGAAGCAAUGGCAUUAAGCAUAAGACAUGCGCCCCUUUCAAACCAUCCAGCAAUGGACAAGCAGAGCGCUACGUGCAUACAUUAAAGCAAUCUCUCCGUGCCAUGCAGAACUUUGCUGGGAAUAUCCAGCAAAAGGUUAGCACCUUCCUCAUGCAAUAUCGCAAGGCUCCUAAUAUGACAACUAUGAUUAGUCCGGCUAUGCUCUUCCUUAAGAGAGACAUUAGGACUAGAAUAGAUCUUGUUCUCCCUGACUUGGUCGGAAGAGUCAAUGAGAAGAUCAGGAAAAGCACGUAUGCUUUUCAAGAUCGCAUUUUUUACGAAGGUUAUAAGGUGGCUGUACGAGACUAUCGGUCACCCAACGCAAGGAGGAAAUUUGGAACUGUCAUGAGCAAAGAUGGAGCUCUUCACUACACAGUUAAUGUGCAAGGUACAUUGUAUAGACGCCACGUAGACCAAAUGCGACCAACAGGAGACCAGAUCUUGGAUAAGACUAUUCACGUUCCACGAGUUAGUUUCAGCAGUGAGACCUCACACAUCGGCACUACUGAUAAUUCUCCUGAAUCCACUGAUCCUGGGGGAGAUAUCCAAAAACACUCUGGAUCUGUCAAAUUAACACCAGAAACUCGCCAACCACCUCCAACUAAGAAACCGAGUUCAUCUGUUUUGCCGAAAAGUACUCCAUCUUCAACUUCUCAACAAACUCCAUUUCAGCCGAGGCGAUCACAAACGAUUAGACGGCCCCCUAAGAGACUUGACCUUUAA